AUCUUAAAGAAUAAAAAAUUCCAAUGGACAAAGAAUGCGAGAAGGCGUUUGCCGAGCUUAAAACUAUCCUAUCAUCACCACCCGUGCUGCAAAGACCUGAAAUCGGUAAACCUCUAUAUUUAUAUUUGUCUAUUUCCAAUUGCUCUAUAAGCUCGGCUCUUGUCAUUGAGACAGGGAAGACACAACAGCCGAUAUACUUCGUCAGCAGAGUCAUGCAACCAACGGAACAAAGGUAUCCGAGGAUAGAGCAGCUAGCCUUAGCACUCGUGGUCACAGCAAGAAGACUAAGGCACUAUUUCCAAAGCCACACAAUAAUAGUAAGGACAAACCACCCAUUAAGGCAAAUACUGACAAAACUAGAACUGGCCGGACGUUUGACCAAAUGGUCAAUCGAACUCUCAGAAUUCGACAUCCAAUUUCAACCAAGAUCGGCCCUCAAAGCACAGAUCCUUGCCGACUUCAUCGCGGAACUGACUACUGAUGAGCACAACAAAACAUGGGAGUUACAUGUGGACAGAGCAUCAAGUCGGGAAGGAAGUGGGGCCGGGAUAAUCCUGAAAAAAGGAGACGAAGUGGUAGCUGAACAAGCCCUACAGUUCCAUUUUUUGGCAGGCAACAACCAGGCCGAGUAUGAGGCUCUCAUAGCAGGACUCAAACUAGCCCUAAGCCGCCAAGCACAAAACCUGAUAGCCCAUUGUGACUCCCUUCUGGUAGUUCAGCAGAUCCGAGGAGAGUUCCAGGUAAAAGAUCCCUUGCUAGAGCAAUACUGGCUCAUAGCAAAGGAUCUCAUUUCAAAAUUCAGCUCGUUUACUAUACUACAUGUGCAUAGAGAAAAGAAUGUUAGAGCAGACAUAUUAUCCAAACUCGCCGCCACUAGGGCAGAUACACAAACAUCAGCACUAUCACAACUUACACUCACAAAACCGAGCAUUGAACUAUUAUACAUAGAAAACAUUAACCGCCUCCAUGACUAG